AGUUUUUAUUAUUUAAAACUUUCUUCUGUGUUUUUUAGAUUGGACAGAAAUCUCUUGUGUUGAAUGGCUGAGACUUCAGGUCCAGAAAACUGGUCUAAUCCAGACCAGAUGUGUAGAACCUCAGGAAUGUGUUAACGAACAAAGAGGAACCAGUGGAACCGGUUCGGUCUGCUCUCGUGUUGACUCCUCAGGGUUCUCAUGCAUGUUUGGACAGAUGUUCUGAGAGGAGACAAGACAAACAUCUGGACGGCUGAUGCUGGGAAAACACCUCAGGGUGGCCCUACCUGUGGCAACACACCCUGAGGGGCCCCUGGGCCCCGGGCCCCUCAGGGAUACAAGCAGAAGCAGGUCUGAAAGUUUGUGAAUCUUCAGCGGAGACACUGAUCCAGAACCUAAACCAGAAUCAAUCUGAAUCAAGCUCAACCUGACCCUGGUUCCGUCUGAACCUGGAUCUGAACAUAUCUGAAGUGAAAGGGUUAAACUGUGUGUAAACACACGCACACACACACCUGACCCCGCCCCUCCGGAACAGAGACACUCCGGGAAGUUUCUUCAGUUCAGUUCGGAGCCGAACUCUGGGACCGGGUCCCGACUGCGAUCCACCCGAGUCAUCUGGUCCUGACUCAGAGGGCAGAGGACACACUGACCCGGGACGGUUCGGGUCUUUUUUACUUUUUUCUCUCGCUCGGAUCCGGCGCGCGGAAGUUUUACGCGUCUCCAGGUCGGUUCCUUUGGACCAUGAAUCCUGUGUAGGUUCUGAUCCAGUUCUCAUCAUGGACCCGGUUCAGCUGCUGCUGAUGUUGAUGAUGAUGAUGAUGAAGAUGUGCUGCAGCAGAUCCACGGAGCUGAGAAACAAACGUUACGCUGUGAAUCCUCUGGGACACAAGUGGACUCACUACAACAUCACCUACAGAAUCAUCAAGUUUCCGAACACUCUGAACGUGGACGACACUAAGAAGGCCAUCAGCAUCGCCUUCACCAAGUGGAGCGACGUGUCUCCUCUGACCUUCUCAGACGUUACUGAAGGCAACGCCACGGCCGACAUCACCAUCGGUUUCUACACCUUCAACCACACCGACUGCUGGUGGGCUCCUCUACACCCCUGCUUCGACGGCCUGAACGGAGAGCUGGCUCACGCUUUCCUGCCGCCGCGAGGAGAGAUCCACUUUGACAACCACGAGUUCUGGAUCCUCGGCAAGUCCAGAUUCAGCUGGAAGCAAGGUGUGUGGCUGAACGACCUGGUUCAGGUGGCGGCUCAUGAGAUCGGCCACGCUCUCGGCCUGUGGCACUCCAGAGACCCUCAGGCGCUGAUGCAUCCCAACGCCACCUACACCGGGCAGAGGAACAUCGCUCAGGACGACGUGUGGGGCAUCCAGAGACUCUAUGGUUGUCUGGAUAAGAAGCGAGUCUGUGAUCCGUGGGCUCGACUGGGCUUCUGUGAGCGGAGGAAGACCUUUAUGAAGAAGAACUGUCCUCAGCGCUGUGACCUCUGCUAUGAGCCUCUGGAAGCAGUUACCACACCGACUCCUUCUCCAUCCAACUUCAAGAUCAAGAUGGUUCCCAGAGGGAAGGUGGUGGGCUUCCGCUGUGGAACCAAAAACUCUCGCUCUCCGCCCAAAGUCAGCUGGUUUAAAGACGGAGAACAGAUCCUCGCCUCCGUCCCCGGCUACAUCUUCUUGAAGGGCCGAGACCUUCGUAUUAUAGCCAAUGAGUUCAACGAGGGGGUCUACACCUGUCGCAUCCAUCGACGCGGGGAAAUCGUAUCUGCCAACUCCUGGGCCAUCCGACUAAAACCAGAGCAGCCUUCUAACAGCUGAGGAAACAACAUGAUGAGCCAGGUUUAUAUUUGAGGAUCGACUCACUACGAUUGGAUUUGACAGAAAGUCCCAAAAAGGUUUUUCACUCUGCAAACCAACAGAACGAGGUUCAGUUUGAUCCAGACCCAGAACUCCUGUUCUGCUCUGAGGAACCUUCACACCUGAUGUUCAGACUGAACUGAAGAGUCCGGAGCUCUGAACCAAACCAGGUGUGAGAGAGAGAAACCUGAGGCUCCAACAUUGAGUCGAUAAAUAGAUUUAUAAAUAUGGACAGGUCUCCAUUUCCUCCUUCUCCCUCAGAUAUGGGCGCCGCCAUCUUGAUCUGGUGACAUCAGAACAUUUGAUCGAAUGAAUUUAAUCAUGUCGUAGUUUUUGUUAGCCCCCCCCCCCCCCCCAGUAAUGUAUAUGACAUGUUUGUAGUAUAAGUCAUACAGCCCUGACGUCUUAUUGAAUCUUUUAUUUUUCAGUUGCUCACAUUGUUGUGGCGUCUCUCUUCUUCUUCACUGAUGUUCUAAAAAACAUAGUCCUGUGUGACACUGAUUUACCCAUAAUGCACUACUGAGUUUAUUGCAGAGGAACAUGAUGCCAUGAAUUCAAAUAAAUUCAGUUUCUAACAUUUUGA